UAGGUUAUAUUUUGGAUUCCCAUAGGUUGGUGUGGUUCAGGAAAACAACUAUGUUGCCGGCAAUAUCUUCACUUAGAACAGUGAUAACUAGACCAAAUUACGGGGCUAGCGUGCGUCUCCUACAUCUUUCCGCUGUCACAGAUGCCGCUCGUAAGGGAACCCGUGAGAAGGCGCGAAAGAAAAAGGUUAAAGUGGAAGUCCAGAAGGUUGGAUUCAUUCCCCACAACCUCCGUGAUAAAAAAAUUGUAGUAUCGCGAGUCAACAAGCAUGUUGAUGACUCCUGGAAGCAGAUUCCCACAGACAAUUGCUAUGUAGGCAGGUAUUACCGAUGGAAGGUCUACAGCAUUGCGGAAGCUAUCGAAAGUCAUCGGGAAACGCACCAUCCUACAAUGUAUGAUGUUCCAGAUGCUAACAUAUAUGCACACGUUGAACUCAAUAUGCAAGCCGAGAAGUCCACUCGGUUCGUUGAUAAUUUCAAUCGAAUGGCAAUGAUCCCAUAUAAAUUCGACCAUGGGGAACAAAGGCAGAUUUUGGUCUUUUCUAAGGACAAUGAGCAUUAUCCUGAAGCCCGCGCUGCAGGUGGAACCCUCGUUGGUGGAGUGGAACUAAUCAAGGACAUCCAAAAUGGAGACCUACUUCUCACUGACUACCAAUAUGUGAUUGCCCACACCAACAUCCUCCCGGAUUUGGUUGUGCUACGUGGUCUCAUGAGGAAGAAGUUCCCCAAUCCUAAAAGCGGUACAUUAGGCACAAAUCUCAAAGAGAUGAUCGAGAAAUUUUCAAACGGUGUAAGCUAUUCCGCGGUUAAAGAUGAACAUCAAAAAGAUUUUGGGUUGAUCAAUGCAUGCUUUGGGACGCUCGACAUGGACAAAAAACAUUUAGAGGAGAACCUCAUAGCGCUAUUGAAAGACAUUGAUUCAGUUAGGCCGAAACGGGAAGGAAAAUUCAUUACCAGGGUGCUCCUCAAAAGCCCACCUAGUAAAGAGCAAUUCAAAAUCGAUCCAUUCUUGCACAUAGCCGAAGAGGUUUCAAACAAGGCUUCAAAGAAAUCAGCAGCCAAAAAUGAGGAGCAGCUUGAGGAACAAGAAGCUGCGGUUAACUAAGCUAAUAUUACAUUGUGUAUUUCUAAGAUU